GUUGUUUUUAACGAAAUGAAAGGGGCAUUUACAGAUAACCAGAGGUUAUUCAUGCAGCACCUGCAGAAUAAAAUCCUUCCUGAUCACACUUAUGGUGUAAUAUCUGGUGGAGAUCCAUUAUGUAUUCCUGAUCUCACAUGGGAACAGCUUAAAGAGUUCCAUGCCACACAUUAUCAUCCAAGCAAUUCCAGAUUUUUCACAUAUGGCAAUUUUCCACUGGAGCAACAUUUGAAACAAAUUCAUGAAGAAGCAUUGGUGAAGUUUGAAAGAAUUGAAUCAAAUACUGACAUCCCAAAACAGAAACUCUGGGAAAAGCCUAGAGAGCACUGCGUAACAUGUGGCUCAGACUCACUUGCUGCUGACCCUUCCAAGCAGACAACUGUCAGUGUUAGCUACUUGUUGACAGACAUUACAGACACUUUUGAAACAUUCACACUAAGCCUGCUGUCAUCACUCUUGGUUGAUGGGCCAAAUUCUCCUUUUUACAAAGCCUUAAUUGAGUCUGGGGUUGGUACAGAUUUUUCUCCUGCUGUUGGGUUUAAUGGCUUAACAAGAGAAGCUUAUUUCAGUGUGGGUCUACAGGGUAUUGCUGAAAGAGACAUUGGUACUGUGAAAGAGAUCAUUGCUAGAACAGUGGAUGAAGUUAUUGUGAAAGGAUUUGAGAAAGAUAGGAUUGAAGCUCUACUUCACAAGAUUGAAAUCCAGCUGAAGCAUCAGUCUACGAGUUUUGGACUUGCCCUGACAUCAUAUAUAGCCUCCUGCUGGAAUCAGGAUGGAGAUCCAGUGGAGCUGAUGAAGAUUGCAGAUAAAGUCUCCCAAUUCAGGCAGUGCCUUAAGGAAAAUCCCACAUUUCUGCAGGAAAAAGUUAAAACCUAUUUUAAGGACAACCCACACAGACUGACUCUGUCAAUGAGUCCAGAGGAAGGCUACCAUGAUAAACAAGCAAAAAUGGAAGCAGAAAAGCUGGAAAAAAAGGUCACUGGUCUUUCUGAAGAAGAAAAAUCCCAAAUCUUUGAAAAAGGUCUGGAAUUAAUUGCUUUUCAAAGCAAGCCUGAUGACACCUCUUGUCUUCCACUUCUGAAAGUGUCCGACAUCGAGCCCAGAAUCCCAUUCACUGUGCUGGAGACAAGGCUCACAGCUGAUGACAUUCCUGUCCAGUACUGUGCUCAGCCAACCAAUGGGGUGGUUUAUUUCCGAGCUGUUUCCAGCCUGAACACGCUUCCGGAGGAGCUGAAACCAUACGUGCCGCUCUUCUGCAACGUCAUUACCAAGAUGGGAUGUGGAGCCCUUGAUUACAGGGAGCAAGCCCAGAAAAUAGAACUAAAAACCGGUGGGAUGUAUGUCAGCCCACACAUCAUUCCAGAUGAUUCCCACCUGGAUGUGUAUGAACAGGGUGUACUCUUUUCAUCUCUGUGCUUGGAUAGAAAUCUGCCAGACAUGAUGCAUUUGUGGAGUGAAAUAUUUAACAACCCCCGAUUUGAGGAGGAAGAACAUUUCAGAGUGCUGGUUAAGACAACUGCUCAGGAGCUGUCCAAUGGGGUUCCAGACUCUGGGCAUUUGUAUGCCUCUAUCAGAGCCAGCAAAAACCUGACACCUUCUGGGGAGCUGGAGGAAAUGUUCGGUGGCAUGGAUCAGGUGAAGCUGAUGAAGAGAAUAGCAGAAAUGUCUGACAUGAAACCAAUCCUCCGCAAACUGCCCCGCAUUAAGAAGUAUUUGCUGAACAGUGACAACAUCAGGUGUUCAGUGAAUGCAGCACCUCAGCAAAUAUCAGAGGCAUCUAAAGAAAUAGAGAAGUUUAUAAAGGGCAUAGCUAGAAGUAAAAAAGAGAGAAAACCUGUUCGGCCCCAUGUGAUUGAGAAAUCUUCAGAAGUCGGACCUGUGGGAAGUGCAAUGCUUCCUGAUUUGCAGUUCACAAGGAAACUAGUUAAUGAUCCUACUUUCAAGCCAUGCCCGAUGAAGACCCAUUUUGUCCUUCCCUUCCCAGUGAACUAUGUUGGGGAGUGCAUUCGAACAGUUCCCUACACGGCUGCAGACUAUGCAAGCCUUCGAGUUCUUGCACGGCUGAUGACAGCUAAAUUCCUGCACAGAGAAAUCAGGGAGAAAGGAGGGGCUUAUGGUGGAGGUGCUAAACUGAACCACAAUGGCAUCUUCACUUUCUACUCCUACAGAGACCCAAACUCAUUAAGCACCUUGAAAACCUUUGAGAAAGCAGUGGAAUGGGCCAAACGUGGAGAAUUCACCCAACAAGACAUUGAUGAAGCCAAGCUAGCAGUUUUUGCUGCUGUAGAUGCACCAAUAGCUCCAUCAGAUAAAGGAAUGGAUCAUUUCUUGUAUGGGAUUUCAGAUGCCAUGAAGCAGACACACCGAGAACAACUCUUUGCUGUCAGCAGUGAUAACCUGGUUGAUGUAGCAAACAAGUAUCUGGCAGUGGGGAAGAGCACUCGUGGGCAAGCUGUGCUUGGCCCUGAAAACGCAGAUCUCACCAAAGAUCCCUCAUGGGUCAAGCGCUGAAUUGCUGCUGCCCCUCCCAGCCAAUCUGUGUGACCAUCAUUAGGGGUUUUUAGUAACUUAACAGUGCUGUGGUGCAACUUCAGUGUUCAUUGAUGCUUUUAACAGUGUCCAACAGAACAGUUAAAAGCUGUCCUGGCAAGACCUACUGUGCAGGAUGUUCCAUCCAGCCAUCCUUGAGCUCUGUAUGGCAAAGACAGACCCUAACAUUUUACUGAUGCCUG